AUGGAUGUUGAGUCUGUCUGUUAUCAGAGCUGCUCUGCUAAUGGACAGUCAGCAUCCACUGACAAGUUUGUUGAAACCAAACCUGCAAAUUUAACAGUCCGACAAGGUGUGUCCGGCACUCCAGUCCAGUUGUAUUGUAACUAUUUUGAGAUCUUGGCUAUGCCCCAGUACAGCCUUCAUCAUUACCAUGUUAGUUUUGCUCCUGAAAUAGAAGGCAAAAGAAUUCGCAAGGCCCUCCUCAUGCAACAUGCCGAGAAGUACUUUGGUCACCUGCACCUGUUUGAUGGUAUGAUGUUGUUUCUACCCCAGAAAUUGCCUGAUAAACUAGAGCUGGUGUCCAAGUGUAAUGUUACUGACCAAAUUUACACCAUCACAGUAACCUGGCGUUGUAAAGUUGUACGUACUUCGCCCACCAUUAUCCAGCUGCUGAACAUUCUCUACAAACAGAUUCUUUCUUCAUUACAUUUGGUUCAAAUUGGCAGAAAUUAUUAUUCUAUUCCGGAUGAGAUACCCAGAGACAAUAAACUGGCACAAACCCACAAAUUAACUGUCUUUGAUGGCAUCCAGAGCAGCAUUUUGAAUUAUGAGAAAGGAGCAAUGUUGUGUGUUGAUAUUUCCCACAAAGUGAUGCGUACCGAUACAGUUGCUGAUCUUAUGCGCAGCUGUCGUAUGCAUGUUGGUGCAUCUGGAUGGAAGGAGACAAUUAUGAAGCGUUUGUUGGGAAAAAUUGUUCUCACUAGAUACAAUAAUCGUACGUAUCGAGUGGAUGACAUUGAUAUGGACAUGUUGCCAACCAGAACUUUCCGCAAACACAAUGAAGAUGUUUCUUUUGUAUCCUACUACAAAACGAAUUAUGGCAUCAAUAUCCGACACCUUGAUUUGCCUAUGCUUCUUAGUAAACCCAAAGCUCGUGAUAUCAGAAGAGGCCAGAAUACUCCCAUCUACUUAGUUCCUGAGUUGGUUGUUAUUACUGGUCUUGAUGAUGAUGUCAGGACAAACUAUGAAAUAAUGAAGGACCUGGCUCAGACCACUAGGCUGACCCCUGAAACAAGAGUUGAAAGACUAAAGAGGUUUAUUGGAUCUACCCGAAGAAACAAAGAAGCCAUGGACCUUGUUGAGAAAUGGAAACUUCAACUUUCUGACAAUUUGGCAGCCAUUGCUGGGCGUGUACUGGAACCAGAAAAGAUGUACAGCAGCACUAAAUCACUGUCCUACCAGUCCCGUGACCCAGAUUGGUCAAGAGAUCUGCGUGACAUGUCACAGGUUGCUACAAUGUCUGUAGACAGAUGGCUACUCAUCUAUCCAAUGAGCUGUGGACGUAUGGCUAAAGACUUAGAGUCCUGUCUUCAGCGUGUUGCCAAACCCCUAGGAAUCCGAUAUGCUGAACCCUACUGGUGUGAGAUUCAAGGUAACGAUGCUUCAGGACAGGGUUACAUAUCAGCCAUCAAAGAGAAAGUGACAGAAUCCACUCAGUUGGUUGUGGCAUUAGUGUAUGAUAACUCCAAAGGCAGAUAUGAUGCAAUCAAGAAAUUCUGCUCCAUUGACCAACCAGCAGGAAAACCAGUUCCAUCACAGGUAAUUGUACAGAAGACACUAAACAGGAAGAAUGUUUUCAUGUCAAUCGCCACCAAGAUUGCCAUCCAAAUCAACUGUAAGCUUGGAGGAGUUCCAUGGUGUGUCACAGUUCCAAUAAAACGUUUCAUGAUAGUUGGUAUUGACCAUUACCACGACUCUGCUAAAAAGGGUCAUUCAGUUGGUGGUAUUGUGGCAAGUAUGAAUAAUGAGAUGACCAAAUGGUAUUCACGUACAACCUUUCAGACCGCUCAUGAAGAACUCUCUUCAAAACUCCAUAUUGUCACACAAAGUGAGUAUUUAGAAUUAUUGCUGAAACUAAUUAACUUUCCUGUAUUUUAUUUAAGUUCACUCCCUAAUUUUUUUUGCAUUAUGGUUUCCAGUUUCAGAUUAACUGUUGUUGUGGUCAAGAAAAGAAUCAAUACUCGUCUAUUUUCCAAAGCCGGUGUCCAGUGGAUGAACCCAUUACCAGGAACAGUCGUCGAUUCUGCUAUCGUCCGCAACGAAUGGUAUGAUUUCUUCAUAGUGUCCCAAAGUGUGCGUCAGGGUACAGUAUCUCCAACACAUUAUAAUGUCAUCUACGACACAUCAGGCUUAAAACCAGAUCAUAUUCAGAAGUUGACCUACAAAAUGUGCCAUUUAUAUUAUAACUGGCCGGGAACUAUCAGAGUACCAGCACCAUGCCAGUAUGCUCACAAACUUGCCUUUUUAGUGGGGCAGAGCAUUCACAAAGAGCCAGCCAUGGUCCUCCGUGAUAAACUCUUCUACCUGUGAUGCAGAGGCCUUCAUAAAAGUCAACUAAUUUCCAUACUCAUUGAUUUUCACUGCAUAUGAAACCUUUCAGGGCAAGUUGCUUCAAGUUGAACUGUUAUCAAAGCCCAAAGACAAAGCAGUCAUUUGUGGCUAUUCCACAUUUCUGAUAUUUGACGCAGAUUCGAUAGGACCUGCAGUCAUUUAGCCGUAGAAGGGUUUUUUUUUUUUGGAUAGGCAAAAAAAAAUAUUUUCAUACUUUUUUUUUCUUGUUUUUUUUUUUAAUUAUUAAAAGCAAAAUUUUUUCAUAAAAGAAA